UAAAUGACAAGGUAGCUAACAAAUACAAGAAUAUAAGGGCGAGGAUUCUUGCCUUUGCAGCGGAGUGUCGAACUGAAAAUCGCGACGGCAGCUACAGUUUUAGGUUUUUUAUUUUGACCUUUUCGAUAACUCACAAUGGAUUCGAAAAUCGCGGCAAUCGUAGUCGCACUGGUGGUUUAUGCAUUCACUUGCGAUGUCGUGAACGCUGCCGAGCAGUUCAAAGGUGAAGCCACCUACACAACUCCCGGAAUGGGCGCCUGCGAAAUAAAUGCACGGGAAGGACAGAUGGUGGCCAAUAUUAACCAGGAGCAGUUCGGUCAAUUCAGUCGUGCUCGCGAUAGCCCCUGGUGCAAGAAGUGUGUUCUGGUGAAAGCCACCAAAUUCAAGACUAGCGUUACGGUGAAAAUCGUUGACCGUUCCCUGGGCAAGAAGGGCAAACUGGUGUUGUCUGCAGCGGCAUUCAAGAAGCUGGCAUCCACUGACGAAGGCCGCAUCGAUAUCACCUGGAGCGAAGUGCCGUGCCCCAAAGGAAUUUAAUUUGUUUCUGUAAUGCGAUUGUCACGGCCAGAAUCUCUACCAAUGAUUUACCAACAGAAAUUAUGUACUCUUGGAUAAAGACCACUUUUAUUAAUUUUUGAUGUAUUCCAUUUCCCAGCUGAUUUUAUUUCCCUGACACAAGUGCAAUACAUGUGAUGCGUUA